AUGACUUCUACAGAUCUCUUCAGAUUCACCAGCCAUUUAAGCACUUUGGUACUGAAGUCCUAAGCGAUUUACCCAAGAGAGGCCCAUACCAUGGAAAUUUUCACAGCAUCCACAUCUCAAGUACUUUGUAACAGCACAUAUUUUGAACGAAAUGGAUCAUAUCUGUGCAAUGAAAACAAAACUGUCAGCCUCUCGGAUAAAUCAGAACACCAGCAAUACAUUAUAGGUCUUUUCUUAUCAUGCCUUUACACAAUAUUCCUUUUUCCUAUUGGCUUCGUAGGAAACAUUCUUAUUUUAGUGGUGAACAUAAGUUUUCGUGAAAAGAUGACUAUUCCAGACUUGUAUUUCAUAAACCUUGCAGUAGCAGAUCUCAUUUUGGUGGCUGACUCUCUCAUCGAAGUUUUUAAUCUCGACGAAAAGUAUUACGAUAUCACAAUAAUUUGUACUUUUAUGUCAUUGUUCCUUCAAAUCAACAUGUACAGCAGCAUAUUCUUCCUAACAUGGAUGAGUUUUGACAGAUACAUAGCACUAGCAAAAGUAAUGAAGUCCAACUUAUUUCGCACCAUGGAACACGCCAGGUUAAGCUGUGGCCUCAUCUGGUUGGCAUCUAUCUCGGCAGCACUAGUGCCCUUCACAGCUGUACAUUUGCAACAUGCUGGGGAGGUUUCCUUUUGCUUUGCGGAUGUAGAAGAAAUUCAGUGGCUAGAAAUAACCUUAGGGUUUAUCAUCCCUUUUGCUAUUAUAGGCCUUUGUUAUUCGUUAAUUAUAAGAGUCUUGAUAAGAGCUCACAAGCACAGAAGUUUGCGGAUACGCAGACAGAAAGCUCUUCGUAUGAUUUUUGUUGUUGUCCUUGUCUUCUUCAUCUGCUGGCUUCCUGAAAAUGUCUUCAUAAGUGUGCAACUUCUUCAAAAGACAGAGCAAACCGCAUCAAGGGGCCAAUCUUUCAGACAUAACUACCCCUUAACCGGACACAUUGUGAACCUUGCAGCCUUCUCAAACAGCUGUUUGAAUCCUCUUAUCUACAGCUUCCUAGGUGAAACUUUCAGAGAGAAACUGAAAUUGUAUAUUGAACAGAAAACCAAAGUCUCUGUUCUAAACCGGUUUUGUCAUGCUACCCUGAAAUCUGUUAUUCCUGAUAGCAAUGAGCAAUCAGAAGUUUAA